AAAGUCGAGUUUACUAGCAGUGUGACGUACGCUUCCCCCUCGCGCACCGAGCAUCCGCAGGAGCAUUCAUUCAGGCAAGCAGACAAUCACCGCGACAGACGACGAGCGGCAGCACACACCCAUAAACCAGAAGCGGCCGUCCAAGCCAAGGCGCCCACAGGACGCCACCAAGAACUCGGAGCCACCUUCCAAUCGCCCGAGUCCCUCCCCUCCAUCCGGCCACCGGAUCGGGCCCGCCGAUCUCUCGAGCUCCCCGGCCGCCCCCUCCCGCGGCGGCGCGCAAUGGGGGCCGCCGCCGAGGACGCCGUCAGGCAGCUCGGCAUCCUCAUGGAUCAAGUGGACGCGCCGCUGAGGAGGACGUUCCAGAAUGUGCACCAAGGCCACCCUAGAGAAACAAUGUUGCGCUUUCUCAAGGCUAGAGAAUGGAAUGUUUCCAAGGCUCAUAAAAUGCUUGUAGAUUCUUUGAAUUGGAGGAUUGAAAAUGAAAUUGAUAGUGUAUUGGAGAGACCUAUACUCCCAGUAGAUUUAUACAGAUCAAUACGUGAUUCACAACUUGUUGGACUCUCAGGAUACACCAAGGAGGGUCUUCCAGUUUUUGGCAUUGGUGUUGGUCAGAGCACAUAUGACAAAGCUUCGGUGCACUACUAUGUGCAAUCUCAUAUUCAGAUUAACGAAUACCGUGAUCGCAUAAUUUUGCCCAUGUUGACGGAAAAGUUUGGACGCCCGAUCACCACUUGCGUUAAAGUGCUCGACAUGACUGGUUUAAAGUUGUCAGCACUGAGCCAAAUGAAGAUGCUGAGUUCAAUAUCAACUGUUGAUGAUCUGAACUACCCUGAAAAGUCAGAGACAUAUUACAUAGUUAAUGUUCCAUAUAUAUUCUCUGCAUGCUGGAAGGUUGUGAAGCCCCUAUUGCAGGAGAGGACAAAAAAGAAGGUUAAAGUUUUGAGUGGUUGUGGGAGAGAUGAACUUCUGAAGAUUAUGGACUACUCAGCUCUCCCCCAUUUCUGCCGACGAGAGGGAUCAGGCUCAUCCAAGCAUUCAUCUUCCAACGCCGACGAUUGCUUCUCCCCUGACCAUCCUUUCCACAAAGAGCUCUACGAGCUCACCAAUCAGCAAUCGUCGCACAAGGAGCUCCUCAAGAUGGGAUCAUUGCAUGUCAGCAUCCCGGAGCCUGACCCAAACGACGCGAAGAUCGUCGAGGUGAUCCAGGCCGAGUUCCACAAGAUGGGGGAGCAGAACGGGUCGACCAACGGGCACAAGGUCUGAUGCCGCGCCACCGAAGAUGGUGGCCAUCUGCAUGCGGAGCACCUUCCUUAACCAAUGCGAGCGACCUCCGAUGAAAUCCAUGAUUUUACUUGUCCAUGUUGGUUGGAUCCCCCCGAUCGGCUGGGGGGGAUAUAGUAGCGAAGGCUUCGGCGUUUCCUCCGUGAUGCAUAGGGUGAUGCCGGCUUGGGGUCGUAGCUGGAAGAGAUGAACCGGACAGUGUAUAUCCAUUAGCAUAGAACCUGCAUAUGUUAAACUGGCACUAUAACAAGAUCCAUGGAUGAUGGAUGUUUAUUA